AUGGGAAAGGUCCCCUGCUGUGACGAAAAUGGCCUCAAGAAAGGGCCAUGGACACCUGAAGAAGAUAAAAAGCUUUCUGAUUUCAUUGAGAAACAUGGCCAUGGCAGUUGGAGAGCCCUUCCAAAACUUGCUGGUUUGAAUAGAUGUGGGAAGAGUUGUAGGUUAAGAUGGACUAAUUAUUUGAGGCCAGAUAUCAAGAGAGGCAAAUUUUCCCAAGAAGAAGAGCAGACAAUUCUUCAUCUCCAUUCCAUCCUAGGGAACAAGUGGUCAACGAUCGCAACGCACUUACCGGGGAGGACAGACAACGAAAUCAAGAAUUUCUGGAACACACACUUGAAGAAGAAGCUGAUCCAAAUGGGAUAUGAUCCAAUGACUCACAGGCCAAGAACUGACCUAUUUUCAAACUUGCCAAAUCUCUUAGCCUUAGCCACUUUACUUCAAUCCCACCCCCUAGAAGAACACGCAGCAGCAGCCGCCAGGUUACAAGCCCAAGCUGCUACACAGAACAUGGCGGCCAAAAUUCAAUACUUACAAAUGCUCUUUCAAUCUUCAUCAUCAUCAUCAAUGACCACAACCUCGUCAUCAUCGUACGACAACAAUGGGGAUUUCUGGGAUUUUAAUCUACCAAACCUUUCGAAUAAAGAAACAGAUAAUAACCCUUUAUUGAGCUCGCUAUCUCAGAUGGAAAACCAAACCCUUUUCUCCAUUGAAAAUUCAGGCGCCUCUCAACUGCUCCACAACGAGCAAGUCCCUUUCAACUUCCAAACACAUUUGAAUAAUGAUAACAAUAAUAAAUCACUUAAUUCUGAUUCCAUAUUGCCGCCAUUAACGGAUUGUUUUUUGAACAACAAUAAUAAUAAUAAUCAAGGGGAUUCUAGCAGCACUUCUAGCAAUGGUGAUUAUCAAGGCACUUCUUCGCCUUCUUCAUACAACUGGCCUGAAUUGUUUCUUGAAGAAGCUUUCAUGCAUGACAUUUCUUGACUGAAAUUAAUUGCUAUACUUCGAAUCAAUAUUUUGACAAAUGAUUUAUACUGCAUGUAUACUUCAAGUAUAGAAGAUUUUUCAAGGUUUUUCUUUUCUUUUAUUUUUUAUUAUUAGUUUUUGUUUGGAUUUGGGCCUUUUGGCAAAUAUAUACCUUUUUGUU